GUGACCCUGAUAACUAUAUAGCAUACUAUCGGAGAGCUACUGUCUUCUUAGCGAUGGGAAAAUCCAAAGCAGCACUGCCUGACUUAACUAAAGUGAUUGAACUGAAGAUGGAUUUCACUGCAGCAAGGCUGCAGAGAGGCCACUUACUGCUCAAACAAGGAAAGCUCGAUGAAGCGGAAGAGGAUUUUAAGAAAGUGCUCAAAUCAAGCCCCAGUGAAAAUGAAGAGAAGGAGGCCCGGUCUCAGCUCGUAAAAUCCGAUGAGAUGCAGCGCUUACGCUCCCAAGCAUUCGCGGCUUUCGAGAGCGCCGACUACUCCGCUGCUAUAACCUUCCUUGAUAAGAUCCUGGAGGUUUGUGUUUGGGAUGCAGAAUUACGCGAACUUCGAGCUGAGUGUUUUAUAAAGGAAGGAGAGCCUAGGAAAGCCAUCAGUGACUUAAAGGCUGCUUCAAAACUGAAGCAUGACAACACGGAGGCGUUCUACAAGAUCAGCACGCUCUACUAUCACCUUGGGGACCAUGAGCUCUCCCUCAGCGAAGUCCGUGAGUGUCUGAAACUUGACCAGGAUCAUAAAAGGUGCUUUGCACACUAUAAGCAAGUGAAGAAACUGAAUAAGCUGAUUGAGUCAGCUGAAGAACUGAUAAGAGAUGGCAGAUACACAGAUGCAACCAGCAAAUAUGAAUCUGUCAUGAAGACAGAGCCCAGUGUUGCUGAGUAUACAAUCCGCUCCAAAGAAAGGAUCUGCCACUGCUUCUCUAAGGACGAGAAGCCUGUGGAAGCCAUUAGAAUAUGCUCUGAAGUUUUACAGAUGGAACCUGACAAUGUGAACGCUCUGAAAGAUCGAGCAGAGGCCUAUUUAAUAGAAGAAAUGUAUGACGAAGCCAUUCAGGACUAUGAAGCUGCUCAGGAACACAACGACAAUGAUCAGCAGAUCCGGGAAGGUUUAGAGAAAGCUCAGCGGUUACUGAAACAGUCACAGAAGAGAGAUUAUUACAAAAUCUUGGGAGUAAAAAGAAAUGCCAAAAAACAAGAAAUUAUUAAAGCCUACCGAAAACUAGCACUUCAGUGGCAUCCGGAUAAUUUCCAGAAUGAAGAGGAAAAGAAAAAGGCAGAGAAAAAGUUCAUUGACAUAGCAGCUGCUAAAGAAGUCCUCUCAGACCCAGAAAUGAGAAAGAAGUUUGAUGAUGGAGAAGAUCCUCUUGAUGCAGAGAGUCAACAAGGAGGUGGUGGCAACCCCUUCCACAGGAGCUGGAACUCAUGGCAAGGGUUCAAUCCCUUCAGCUCAGGCGGACCAUUCAGAUUUAAAUUCCACUUCAAUUAAACCAGCUGUUUUACUGCU